AUGGGGAAUUGUUGUAGUAACAAUGUUCCUCGUCCAUAUUCAAUGGAAAAAGAGGUGAAUGAGACAGAAUUUGAGCAUGGAGAGGACCAUAGUUCCAUUUCCACAUAUAGUGAAGGUGAAGGGCGAGUCAGGCUAAGAGGACACUCUAGGCUUGUGUCAAUGUACAGCCAGCAGGGAAGAAAAGGGGUCAAUCAAGAUGCAAUGACAGUUUGGGAGGACUUCACUGGAGAAAAAGAUAUGAUCUUUUGUGGUGUGUUCGAUGGUCACGGUCCUUAUGGGCACGUGGUUGCUCGAUAUGUACGCAAACGUCUACCCUCAAAGCUUUCUGCAGCAAUCAAGAUGUCAAAGCAAAAGAUAUGCAUGUAUAAUGAUGCAAAUGCUGCUGCAGAAGGUGGAAAUCAUCAAACAUUGUCCCUUGCUUCAUGGGAGAACACCUUCUUGAAAUCCUUCAACGAGAUGGAUCAAGCCAUUGCUCAGGACAUUAACACCGACAGUUUUUACAGCGGUAGCACUGCUGUAACUGUAAUCAAACAGGGUGACCAGCUGAUAAUUGGCAAUUUGGGUGACUCUCGUGCGGUUCUUUGCACGAGAGGAGCUAGAGAUCAACUCAUUCCUGUUCAACUUACUGUUGACUUGAAACCAGAUAUUCCAAGUGAAGCUGAAAGAAUCCGUAGCUGUGAAGGCAGAAUUUUCGCUGAAGAAGAAGAGCCUGAUGUGUACAGAAUGUGGAUGCCGGAUGAAGACUGCCCUGGACUAGCAAUGUCAAGAGCCUUUGGGGACUUCUGCUUAAAAGAUUAUGGCCUCAUCUCAGCUCCCGAUGUCUUCUAUCGCAGAUUAACCAAGCAGGAUGAAUUUGUGGUUCUGGCUACUGAUGGGGUUUGGGAUGCACUGACAAAUGAUGAAGUUAUAGAAAUAGUUGCUUCAGCACCAAGGAGGUCCAGAGCAGCGAGAUUGUUAGUGAAGAGAGCUGUGCAGGCAUGGAGGCGCCGAAGGAAGAAUCACUAUGAAUCUGCUAGAAAUGAAGACACCACAAGCGUAGAUAGUUCAAUGUCGAAGGAUGAAUGGGUAGCUCUUAAAGGGUUGUCCAGAGCCAACACCAUAUCGAAAUUUACUGGCCUCAUCAGGGAUGUGAGCAGAAGGGAUCCAUCUGAGUUUCUUGAGGGUGUUCAAGUUCUCUAG